CUCACGGGCAUAUCCGUUGCUGUCGUUGAUGAGUCAGCGCGGGCGAAGAAAGAAUUGCAGCACCACUGGAUACAAAGCACAACUCGCUGCUGGUCACCAAGCACAAUGCUGAGCCAGGCGACGCGGGUGCUGUUGGACGGCCUGAACGCUGGCAAGCGGGCCGCACUGGCUCGCGCCAUCACGCUAGUGGAGUCACGCAACUUGGACAAGUUCAAGCAAGGGCAGGGCCUGCUGUCUGCACUGCUGCAGCAGCGACGAGAUGGAGAGGCAACCAUGUUCCCGAAGGAGACCAUUCGGCUUGGCAUAUCUGGACCCCCAGGCGUUGGGAAAAGCACCUUCAUCGAAGCAUUUGGCACACAUCUCCUGAAACAGGGCAAGCGUCUCGCAGUCCUGACCAUUGACCCGACGUCGUCGCUGACCGGUGGCUCCAUCCUCGGCGACAAGACUAGGAUGCCUCAGCUGUCUGCGGAUUCGCGCGCUUUUGUUCGCCCGUCUCCGAGUGGCGGCGCACUCGGUGGUGUGGCGCGAAGCACGAGCGACGCCAUUGUGCUGUGCGAGAGUGUCGGAUAUGACGUUGUGCUCGUGGAGACGGUUGGUGUUGGGCAGAACGAGGUGGCCGUUGCAGGCAUGGUUGACCUCUUCAUGCUUCUUCUGCCACCGGCCGGCGGAGACGAGCUGCAGGGCAUCAAGCGCGGGAUUAUGGAACUUUCAGAUCUGCUGGUCAUCAACAAGGCGGAUGGUGGGCUGGAGACGGUUGCGCGGCAGGCGCAGAUUGAGUACACGAGCGCCUUGAAGCUCCUUCGCCGCAGACACCAGAGAUGGGACCCAGAGGUGUUUGCGGUGUCGUCGCUGAAAGGCCGCGGCCUGGAUGACGUGUGGGCCGGCGUCAACAGGUUUUACGAUCACGUCGGUCGCGAUGCCGUCGAGCACCAGCGCGGCCUCCAAUACAAGGAGUGGAUGUGGCGGUAUGUGGAGGACCAGCUUGCGCGCCACUUCAAGCAGCAUCCACCGACGCGCCAGAAGAUUGCGGAUCUGGAGCACCGGCUGAUGGAACAGCGCAUCACCCCUGGCGGCGCAGCAGAGGAGCUCUUGCAGAGCUACUUUGCCAGCUCCAACUUUGAAAACCCCUUAAACAAGCUUUGAACAGACA